UUCAACUACCCCAUAGUUGGGUUGGUUUCGGCCUUCUGGGUUCAGCCUCCACCGUCCCCCUCCGUCCGUGCGUCUAAUGUACUAAGAGGAAGCGAAGAAGAAUGCUUCGGGUGUCGGAGGACGAGAACCGGCGGCGCGAGAGCUACGUGGAGAGCUAUCGGCAGCUGGGGCGAUCUCUCCUCGAUCUAGAGCAUGCGGCUGAUCGAAUCUUCGAUGCCAUCUCCCAAAAAACUGCCCAGGAGCGGGAUAUGCUCACCGAAAUCUCUCGGAGGAUUCAAUUAGCCAAAGCUAAGAUCGAUGGCAUAUCUCGUUCAAAGCAAGCGGUGACCAUCACAUCACCAUCACGGUAUCCAUCAAGUUGUAUCAGUGAAAAGGACUUUCAACCUUUAUUUCAGUAUAAGGAUGAAGGAACUGAUCCUGAGUUUCCAACAAAGUUGUUAGUUAAUGGAGGGUUGAAUAGAGAAUUUGGAAUUGAUGGAACCCUAGAGCUUUUUCAAUUUUUUUCGGAAGAAAAUACUGGAUACCCAUCAAAGGAAACCCACUCAAAGGUGGGAGUCAGGCUUGCCCAUCCACAAGAUGAUGUUUUUAUAGAGAAUCUUUUUGAAACAUCAAAAUUAAUUGACAAGAGCUCAUUGGCAGUGGAUGCCUCAGACUCCAUGCUGGUCCCUAAGAAGGAAGAGCUACCUCCUCCGCCACCCAGUUUGCUUCUAAAUAAUUUUCGAUCGCUUAAGAAAUCAGAAGAUUUCAAAUUUGUAUCUACCGUUGAACCAUCGCAUGCUGUCAAGCUCUCAAGUACAAAGGAUGUCCAUACUGAUCCUGCUGUGGUUUCUGACACAACUAUGAGUGGGGAGUAGUCUGAUAAUUCUCUCCAACGACCUCAAUGUUUGUACAUCGUCCUUGGAUAUCUUCAAGUGAUAUGUAAUUGUAGAAAUUGCAUAACAGUGAAAAUAAGCCUUGAAAUUUCUGAUUUUAAUAAUUUUUGUUGAAAUGGUUUAUGUAUAAUCCUGAUUUGUGAUGCACAAAGGAGUUUACUAAAUAGAGGAAAUGUAUGUAAUGGACCAUGAAUGAGAUUGAAAUUUGUGAAGAUGGAAGCUUAUCUGUCUUUCUCAACAUUUUAGUUUAUUCAAAAGCAGUUCCAUUGGAUU